CUCUACUCCUAGAACUGAGGGGUAGAGUUGGAAGAGAAAGCGAUGAAAGAAGAAAAGUCUGUCGGCCCUGACCUAGAAGAGGGACACUGUGGGGGAGGAAAAACUACCACUGUAUUUCAGGUUGAAUAUAUGUCAGAGCGACCAAGAUGGGGAGUGUUGCAAGAGGGUAACUCGGAACCAUGUAAAGGGAUGCCACAGAAUGGGGAAGCCCAAUGGCAGGAGUUCCUGAGGACACUGCAGACCAUUCACACAGGAGGGGGGAGCCCAGGGAUGUCAGAGGGUGCGGCAUGGGAUGACACCAAGGCCUUUCUGGCCUCCUUCGAGCAAGUGGCCAAGGCCUGCCGGUGGCCUAGAGGAGAGUGGGCGGCCCGGCUCCUGCCAGCAUUGAGCGGGGAAUCAGAAGAGGCCUUUCAAAGCCUGGAAGCCAGAGAUCAGGAGGACUAUGGGAAAGUGAAGGCGGCCAUCUUGCGAGGGGAAGCCCUGAGGAUGGAGGCGCAGCGCCAGCACUUCAGGCAAUUCUGCUGCCAGGAGGUCAGAGACCCCCGAAGGAUUCACAGCGAAGUCCAGGAGCUUUGCCGGCAGUGGCUGAAGCCAGAGAGACACAGCAAGGAGCAGAUCCUGGAGCUGCUGAUCCUGGAGCAGUUCCUGGCCAGCCUGCCAGUGGACCUCCAGGGCUGGAUCCGGGCAGGAGGGCCGGACACCUGCUCCCAGGCCGUGGUCCUGGCCGAGGACUUCCUCAUGAGCCAGCGAGAGGAUGAGUCUUCGAAGUGGCAGGGGCCGGUGAACCCCAAGGAGACAGCAGCACCUUUGCGUAUGGUUGAGCAGACUCCAACCCAGUUGGGCCAAGAGACCAUGUUCUGGCAAGUCCUGCAGGAGGAGGACGGUGGGAGCGUGCCGCCUUUCGGUGACGGGAAGAGAGGUCAGCUGAACAUGGAGAAUUCUCACUAUGGCAGAUAUGAACCAGAAGAAAUGCCGAAGAUAAUUCCACAGAUAAGCCAAGCGAAUGUUCCAUCGACAGCUGAGAUGCAUGAAGAAAGACGUGAGUCCAUGAGGGGGCAGAAAGAGGAGCCUCUGAAAGCUCAAAAGGACUCUAGUGGGCGUGCAGAAGGUUUUGGAGCUGCCUGUAGUGAAACCAACAUAGUGCAGGGAAGGCAAGGAACACCCUUGUUCUCCAAGUAUGGUAGAAGGUACCACAACAAGUCAGGACUUGUUCUGGAACAUGUCAGGGAGAACCAGAAUGAAUGUCCCAUAUUGUUGGAGAACUUCCAGCAGAAAUCCAACCUCGAUCCGCAUCAACUAAGACAUACAAGGAAGAAAUCACACAGGUUCUCAGAGACUGAAGAAGGCUUCCAUCGGAAAACUAACCUGCUUAGAUGUCAGAGCAACCAUGCAGGAGAGAAACUUUACGAUUGCCCUAAAUGUGGGCAAAGCUUCAUACGGAGGACACAGCUGAUGAAACAUCAGAGGAUUCACACUGGAGAGAAACUUCAUCUGUGUCUUGAGUGCGGGAGGAACUUCUCUCAGAAAUCAAAUUUGUUGAGGCAUCAGAGGAUUCACACUGGAGAGAAACCGUUUGAAUGUCGUGAGUGUGGGACAAGCUUCUCUCAGAAAUCCGAUUUGUUGAGGCAUCAGAGGAUUCACACUGGAGAGAAACCAUACGAGUGUCGUGAGUGUGAGAAAAGCUUCAAGCGGAGAUCACAUUUGAUGAAACAUCUGAGAAUUCAUACUGGUCAGAACCCAGGCCACAAGAAAUCCCUCUCAGAAGGGUUGAUUGUUCAGGCAACUCACAGAGGAGACAGGAAUCUUGUGAAUACCCUUGGUGUGGGAGAAACAUUGGCCGCUAAGGUUCAUUGAUUAGA